UGCUGCACUGCGCAGACAGAAAAUCAGCAUUCUUGGAAGACACUUUGAAUCCGAAGCUCCUCUGACUUUAUUGUAUCAUCUUCUUCAUCAUCAUCAUCAUCAUGCCAUUUCUAGGGCAGGAUUGGCGAUCACCUGGGCAGAGCUGGGUGAAAACUGGAGACGGCUGGAAAAAAUAUUCAAACGAAGAAGACAACAACUGUGCGAGCUUUGAGAGCAACUGUGAAGGGAAUAACAAGGAAAACAUUUUUGAUACCUUCAACUGUGGUGUGGCCAUCAAAAAAAGGAAGAAGGAUCUUCUGAACAACAAUGCCAAGCUCCCAUACUUUUACAGAGAUAAAUGGAUAUACGUGCAUAAGGAGAGCACCAAAGAGCGUCACGGCUACUGCACCCUCGGUGAAGCCUUCAACCGUUUAGAUUUCUCAAAUGCGAUUUUGGAUUCCAGAAGAUUUAACUACAUAGUGAGGUUGCUGGAGCUUAUCGCAAAAUCCCAGCUCACUUCGCUCAGCGGAAUUGCCCAGAAGAACUACAUGAACAUCCUCGAGAAGGUGGUGCAGAAAGUGCUGGAAGAUCAGCAGAAUAUCCGCCUCAUUAAGGAGCUGCUUCAGAGCCUCUACAGAUCCCUCUGUAGCCUGGUACAGGGCAUGGGCAAAUCUGUGCUGGUGGGCAACAUCAACAUGUGGGUGCAGCGCAUGCAGAACAUCCUCCUGUGGCAGCAGCAGCUCAAUAACAUCCAGAUAACGCGGCCAAACCCGGCAGGGAUGACCCUGACAGACCUUCCUGUCUGCUUACAGCUGAACAUCAUGCAGCGGUUAUCUGACGGGAGGGACAUCGUCAGCCUGGGGCAGGUGUCUCCAUCCUUGAACAAGCUCUCGGAGGACAGGCUGCUGUGGAAGAAGCUUUGCCAUUAUCAUUUCACAGACCGGCAGAUAUGCAAGCGUCUGAUUGUAAAUGAAAAGGGUCAGCUGGACUGGAAGAAGACGUACUUUAAGCUGGUGAAAUGUUACCCGAGACGAGAACAGUAUGGAGACACCCUCGUCUUCUGUACCCACUGCCACAUCCUCUUCUGGAAGGAUUCCUGCCACCCCUGUACGGCUAACAACACAGAGUCCUGCUGCAUUCCUGUUGCACCACAAGACUUCAUCAACCUUUUCAAGUACUAAGAGUCACGCUUAAGGAGCAGUGUAUAUUUAUUUGUGGAUUUUCCUAUAAAGAGUGACAUGUACAGUAUGGAGGAGGACACGGAUGAGAUUUUUGUAAAUAAUGAACUGAACUCGAAAAAGGAAAAAAAAAAAAAAGAGAGAGAUGUAUCAUUAUAUAUUGUGCUUAUAAGAGUUCGAGAAGAUGGACUGCAACCCUUCAGUGGACUCCACUGCACGUGGCCCAGCAACUGGACUUACGAGCGCUUUGAGAGGGACAUGCAGUGCCCACCAAGUGGGUGCCAUGCCAAGUCAAGCUUGAGCUCAACUCAUUCAUCCAUUGCUCACAAUCAACGUAGGCUGAUGUAGACACCACUCAGAUUGAUUAUUCGAUUUCAAGUCAUGUUACGUGAUCACCGAUUACAUUAUGAAAUAUUUCUUGGUUAUUGGAGUGUUAAGUGCCACCUUUAAACAUAACCGACGUUCGACGUUAAGAAUCCGCACUCUUGGAGUUCAUUUUGAUUGCAUCAAAGGUUUACUAUGUAACCUACCAGGACAAGAAUCGCACCAACUAUCAUUUAUAACACCGCGUACGCUACUAUUCACUUUACUUUUGUAAGUUUUGCAUCAAGUGAGUAAUUCAGCGAAAGAACAUGUGGUAAGAUUUACUGAAAAUGACACUUUAUUGUCUUCUUCUCAUCUACACGAAUUCAAAAAUAUCGAUUGUGUGCUCUGCGGUAAAGCGAUGUGAAAAUGUUGUAGCAGAAUUCAUUGUACAGCGAAAGCUACAGGGAACGUGGGGAUGGUUUUAAUGGACGUUGCAUGCAUUUUUUUUGUACUUUUUUGUACUUUUUAUAAUUUUGAGCCGGGAUUUAUUGUGAAACAGAAUGUUAAAAAUUGGGAAACGGCGAAGGCCAUGAAAUGUGA